AUGACAGCUAUCAAGAGCGACCCAUAUGGGUUUUGCGACCCUAGGGACGCUGGUGAAGUCUUCCUCGAUGCCGAUGAGCAUCAAAUAUUUACAGACUAUUGUAGGCGUAUGGAAAUCGAAAUGUCGCGUGACAUGUCCGCAUUUGCAAAUCAGUCAUUCAUCCCGGCCAGAGAUACGGCAGAGCAAAACAUGACGCAUGAAGCCAAUGCAGAGCAGAGAUCCACGGGUGUUGUAGAAUUGAGCACGGUGGUAGAUCACCUGGGAGGAUGGGAGGAUGAAUUCCAAGGCUACAACAGAGCCACAAACUCGGCGGCGCCGCCUCGGGUCCUCGGUUAG